AAUAAAAGUACUAAUCUCAUCUCUCUGGCGGCUCUGCUCCCAAGUCUGCAUCUUUCUCUCUUCAGUCGGAUCUCAAAAGUAUCCAUAAACCGAUCCAUCUUCUCCUUCUUCUUCAACGAUUCAAUCCAAAUCCCUAAUUUUCUCUGCAAAUCUAUACGUACAGUAUAUCUGUAUCUAUCUGUUUUCCUCUUAAAUAAGCACCUUUGAGUUGUCACUAUCAUUUAUGGCUUCUUCUCCUGGCAAUCCGAACCAACCAGGUGGUACUGGUACUGGACCAUUUGAUAUACACAAAUUCUUCAAACCCUCAACCCCAACAAACCCUAAUCCCCAAAACCCUACUUUAAUUCCAUCCCCUUUUCCACCUCCUAACGCUUCAUACCCACCACCCACCGUCGCCGGAGUCGGACCCGGUGGGGUUUACCCUUACCCACCUCAGACUACAACCCCUUUUCAGCAUCACCCUCAAUUCACUCACCGCUCGCCGCAAUACGGUACACCACAUGACACCCAGUUAAUGCAUCAGCAGAGAUCCAUGUCUUUCCCCACUCCACCACUUCAACCACCACCACCUACUAGUAGUCCUCAUCAAUUCCCUAACCCUAACCCUGGUGCUAGGCUUAUGGCACUGUUGAGUGCCCCACCGUCUACUUUGGAAGUUCCGAUACAGUCCACUAUGCCUAUGCCUCCCAUACAACCUACUACUUCGGGGUCUGAUCUUUCGGAUUUCUCUUCUGGACCGAAUGUUGGCGUUGCUCAUUCGGGUCCGGGACCAAUGAGAAUGCCGAGCAGUAAGUUACCUAAAGGGAGACAUUUGAAUGGUGAUCAUAUUGUUUAUGAUAUAGAUGUUAGGUUUCCCAGUGAGGUGCAGCCACAGCUGGAGGUUACUCCUAUUACUAAGUAUGGUUCGGAUCCCGGUCUUGUAUUAGGCCGGCAAAUUGCAGUUAACAAAACCUAUAUAUGUUACGGAUUGAAAUUGGGGGCUAUUCGGGUUCUUAACAUUAAUACUGCAUUGAGAUCAUUGCUUAAAGGUCUUGCGCAGAGGGUCACAGACAUGGCUUUCUUUGCAGAGGAUGUUCAUCUCUUGGCUAGUGCGAGUGUUGAUGGCCGGGUUUAUAUAUGGAAAAUUACUGAAGGACCAGAUGAAGAAGAGAAGCCACAAAUUACAGGAAGGAUUGUCAUUGCUAUUCAUAUUGUUGGUGAAGGGGAAUCUGUUCACCCACGUGUUUGUUGGCAUUGUCAUAAACAAGAAAUUCUUGUGGUUGGAAUCGGGAAACGCAUUUUGAAAAUUGAUACCACUAAAGUGGGAAAAGGUGUUGUAUUUUCAGCAGAUGAACCUCUGAGGUGUCCUGUUGACAAGUUGGUUGAUGGGGUACAACUUAUUGGUACCCAUGAUGGAGAAGUGACUGAUUUAUCAAUGUGCCAGUGGAUGACCACUCGUUUGGUAUCUGCAUCAGUGGAUGGCACGAUAAAGAUAUGGGAAGACCGGAAGCCACUUCCAAUCGCAGUUCUCAGGCCUCAUGAUGGUCAUCCUGUUAGUUCUGUUACCUUCUCGGCUGCCCCACACCGCCCAGAUCACAUUGUACUCAUCACUGGGGGUCCUCUUAAUCGGGAAAUAAAGAUAUGGGCAUCAGCGAGUGAAGAAGGCUGGUUGCUUCCCAGUGAUGCUGAGUCAUGGCGCUGUACACAGACAUUGGAGCUGAAGAGUUCAGCUGAGGCUAAUGUCGAAGAGGCAUUUUUUAACCAAGUUGUAGCUUUGUCUCAAGCAGGUCUGCUCCUACUAGCUAAUGCAAAAAAGAAUGCUAUAUAUGCUGUGCAUCUAGAGUAUGGCCCGAAUCCGGAGGCUACCCGGAUGGAUUACAUAGCAGGAUUUACAGUCACCAUGCCAAUUUUGAGUUUCACUGGGACGAGUGACCUAUUGCCCCAUGGUGAACAGAUUGUGCAGGUGUAUUGUGUACAGACACAGGCCAUUCAGCAGUAUGCCUUGGACCUGUCCCAGUGCUUACCACCUCCAACAGAGAGUGUGGUUUUUGAAAGGACAGAAUCUGGCAUUUCGCACGAUGCUGCAAGCAUUGAAGGAUUUGCUCCUGUUGACCCCCCAGGAAGUAAACAGCAGGAGGUUCCUUUAUCUAGUUCAGCACCUAAAUCAGCAGUACAUGACAUUGGCUCUGAGAUUUCACAAACAGCUAGAUAUCCUACAAGUACUGCACCUACUGAAUCGACCACCUCCUCCAUUCCAGAAACUAAAUCGUCUACUUUGCCCAGUGUAACUAGUGAUAAUGAUAUUGCCCCCAGUGCAUCACCUCCUCCUCCUUUGAGUCCUAAAUUGUCUCGAAACUUAUCUGGUUUUAGAGGUCCGUCAAACAGCUUUGGGGCAGACACCUUUGAUAAUGACCAAGUUGGAAAUCAAAAAGUUGUUGAAUAUCCAGUUGAUCCGCAAAAGGAUGGCACGCCCCCAAACUUGUCAGAUAUUGCUUCCUUGGACGAUGAACAUAAAACGUCACGGGAUGAUGUUCCCCCUGGUAUCAGUCAUCCUGUAAAGUUCAAGCACCCAACUCAUUUGGUGACUCCUUCAGAGAUAUUGAUGGCUAGAUCAUCCUCUGAGGUUAGCAUUGUUAAUGAGCAGAAAAGUGAGUCAGAAAUGAAUGUUCAGGAUGCUGUAACUAACAAUGACACCCGCACUGUAGAGAUGGAGGUUAAAGUUGGUGGUGAAGCAAAAUUCAGUCAAAAAACUGAUAUGGGCUCUCAAGACCUUCAUUCUUUUGUGUCUGAAAAUAAAGAGAAAGUUUUUUGCUCUCAAGUAUCUGAUCUUGGACUAGAAAUGGCUCGAGAAUGUCGCGCCUUACCUCCUGAGACCUAUCCUGUAGAGGAAUCUAGGCAGUUUGAUGGGGUUAGUGGAAGUGAGGGACCAUCUCAACCUUCAGUUACACCAGAGGAAGACCAUGACUCUGCAAAGGACAUCUCUGAAAAAGAUUUAGACUCAACUAUGUCAGUUACUGUUCAUCAACCAUCAGCUCCCAGUGCAAAAGGGAAAAAGCAAAAGGGGAAGAAUUCUCAAGUGUCUGGCCCAUCUUCAGCAUCGCCUAGUGCUUUUAAUUCAACAGAUUCUCCAAAUGACACUGUUGUCAGCUCAAGUACCCCUUCUAUGGAAAGUGCUUUCUCACAAAUUCUGUCCAUGCGUGAGAUGCUAAAUCAGGUUCUGACUAUGCAAAAAGAAACACAAAAGCAGAUGGAAAUGGUGGUUGCUGUUCCAGUGACCAAAGAAGGAAGAAGACUUGAAGCUGCCUUGGGACGGAGCAUGGAAAAAUCUGUUAAGGCCAAUUCUGAUGCUUUAUGGGCUCGUUUACAAGAAGAGAGUGCAAAACAGGAGAAGUCUCUCCGUGAUCGUACACAACAAAUUACCAAUUUGAUCUCUAACUGCUUAAACAAGGACAUGCCAGGUCUGAUGGAAAAAUUAAUGAAGAAAGAGCUAGCAGCUGUUGGACAAGCUGUAGCACGCAGUAUUACCCCUACUAUUGAGAAAACAAUAUCAGCUGCAAUUUCAGAGGCAUUCCAGAAAGGAGUUGGUGACAAGGCAGUGAACCAACUAGAGAAAGCAGUAAACUCCAAACUUGAAGCUACUGUAGCUAGACAAAUCCAAGCACAAUUCCAAACCUCUGGCAAGCAAGCUCUUCAGGAAACACUGAAAUCUACUCUGGAAGUUUCAGUGAUCCCUGCCUUCGAGAUGUCAUGCAAGGCAAUGUUUGAGCAAGUAAAUUCAACAUUUCAGAAAGGCAUUGCUGACCACACGGUUGCUGCACAACAGCAAUUUGAGUCCGUGCAUUCGCCUUUGGCAAUUGCUCUAAGAGAUGCCAUCAAUUCAGCAUCGGCAAUGACACAGACGUUGAGCGGAGAGCUUGCUGAUAGUCAGAGGCAGUUGCUUGCUCUUGCAGUUUCUGGAGCAAAUUCCCAAUCAGCAAAUCCACUCAACCACAUGAAUAAUGGAUCAUUGCUACAUGAAAAGAUUGAGACACCUCCAGAUCCAACCAAAGAGCUAUCUAGACAGUUAGGGGAGCACAAGUAUGAGGAAGCAUUCACUGCAGCAUUACAAAUGAGUGAUGUGUCCAUUGUGUCGUGGUUAUGCUCUCAGGUUGAUUUGGCUGGGAUUUUAUCCUUGAAUCCCCUCCCUUUGAGCCAAGGAGUGCUCCUUUCACUUCUUCAGCAGUUAUCAUGUGGUAUUAGCUCAGAGACAGUCCAAAAACUCUCUUGGAUGAGGGAUGUGCUAUCUGCCAUAAAUCCAAAUGACCCACUGAUCGUAGUGCAUGUUCGGCCCAUCUUUGAGCAAGUAUAUCAGAUGUUACUACAACGCAGAAACAGUGCUACCACUCCUCCUGCUGAACUUUCAAUCAUCCGGCUUCUUGUGCAUGUUAUCAAUUCGAUGCUGAUGGCUGUUAAAUGAUGAUAUCAAAGAGCAAUUAUCAUAUUUGGUGAAUAUAGAAAAAGCCUGUACAAAUCCCAGAGGAUUUCAUGGAAUGGCUUCAAGUCGUAACCGGAGAAUUGAAGUGUACACCAACCUCCAAUUAUCUCUCUCUUUUUAUUCAACUCUUUCUAGAUAAAAUCUGUAAUCAUUUUGCCUGAAUUCUCAAGUUGUAGAGACUUAGCAAAAGAAAAAAAAGAAGGAAUUUUCAAGUUGUAGAGUUGGGUGUUUUUGGAUGUUGAAUAUUACAAAAAUUUUGUGCUUGUACAUUGUUACUUUAUUAUACUGCAAUUUCAUUUCAAGUGGGAAC